GUGAUAGCCAAGGCCCAGAAAUACGGCACCCAGGACCCAAGUAUUUGGAUCCUUGUCCUGAUAUACUUUUCAAAUCGGACCGACAAUUGUGGACAGGAGAUAGCCGAAGUACUGACCAACAUCGAUCGGUACAAUCUGCUGCCACCAUUGGUGGUACUGAAUGUGCUGGGCAAGAACCGGGCUAUGUCGCUGUCUGUAGUGAAGGUAUGCUUAGACGAUUUCUGUGCAUGUAUCUAA